AUGUCAGAAAAUGUCGGCCUAUCGACUCCGAGGGGCAGUGGAACCUCAGGAUACGUCCAGAGGAACCUUGCUCAUCUCAAGCCCCGUGACCAUGGAGCCCCAUAUCCCAAGGACUUGGAUAGCUUGCGCCACAAGCAACGACAACCCGACAAAGGGAUCCUGGAACAUGAUCGCAAGAGGCAAAUUGAGGUCAAGGUGUUUGAUUUAAGAGAUAGACUCGAGGAUGAGGAGAUUGAUGAAGAAGUGAUUGACAAACGAUGCGAUGAACUGCGCGAAAAACUUGUUGCAGAAAUGGAAUCGGGCAAGAGGGGCUCCGGACCGAGGCGCGAAUUCAAAGCACAUCAAGUUCAUGAAAUGGCUGAUGCCAAGAUCAAGGAAAGCGAGCGAUUGAGGAAAGCACUAAAGAUUAGCUCCGAUUAUGAGGAAGGUAGCCACUGGAAGAGACAGGAAGAACGUCUUCGAAAUGCUCUCGAGAAGGAAGCGGAUGAGAAGGAGUGA